AUGAAGUUUUUUCACGCCUUAACCAUCGGCGCACUCGCCAUCACGGGCACAGUCGCAGCACCCGUAGAAACCACCGCGGUGGGUGCUGCUAUCGCCACGGACACAGUCGCAGCCCCCAUAGACACCACCACAGACACAACCGCAGCCUCUACAAACAUCACCGCAGACACCGCGGACACUCCUGCGGCCUCAAUAGAUACCACCGGAGACACCACAGACACCGCCGCCGCCGCCCCCAUAGACACAACGGCGGUGGGCGCUACUACCAUCACUGGCGCACUCGCAACCCCCAUAGACACCAUCGCAGCUCCCAUAGAUACCACGGCGGUUGGUGCUACUACCAACAACCCUACCACCCAAUCCAACCGUGGUGCCUUCAGCGGCGCAGGCAGAUACUGGGGCUGGAGGGGCAAUGGCGCCGGGACCAACGCCGGAAGCAACUUCAGAGGCGGCAGGUGGCCAGGUGGCAGAAUUGGAGGCUCCGGCACGUACACCAACUAUCCAUCGAGAUUCGCCAACUAUGGCACCUCACGCCGUUGGGUUGACCGGGCCAAGAGCCUCUUUGUUUGA